AAGGCUGUGAUUCAGUCGGUAAACAGAAGCGGCGCGCGCGCACGCCUCCACAAUGAUCUCGAUCGGAGUGCUCGUCUUAGCGUUCGCGAUCGUUGCCACCGCGCAGGAUUACAACGAGACGAGCAUCGACCAACAGGUUUUGAAACGUCUCAACACAAUUAUCAACGCAACCGGUCAUCUGGACCCUCGGGAUAUCGCUCGACUCAAUCGUACAGCGCAAACAUUAGGAUUAGAUAGAGACUUAGUUGCCAAAUUAUCUGAAAGGUUGAAAAAUGAGCGAGAUGUCAAAAGAAAGCACGACACCAAUUACAAUUUAUAUGAAGACGGCACCGGAAAUAUUGAGGCUUCUAGAGUUGAUGUUGUAGAGGAAUCUCCAGAUUAUGCGUCAUCAGUAGUGCUUGCGAGCGAUCUCCUGUCUCUCUCGAGUGCUGUGGCUAAUGUGAAGGAGAAAGUUUGCAGGGAACAAGGAUACAGGUUCCUGGAUGGACUGCUUCUUAACAAGAGAUGGGCGCUGAAAAUGUUCGACGCAUCGGCCAAAUCACCGCAGGGCUUGCUGUUUGGUUCCUCCUACCACUUGGGCAACUUCGACGAGUGCGUCGGUAUCAAGGAGCCGGGCGAGGGAGUGACUGUGGAAGGCCAAUACUGUCUCGCCUCUAUAAAGUGGCGACGUAGCGACGAAAGUACCAAGAUAAGGACAGGCAGAGGGGAGGCUCUACGUUGGGCGGUGUGUGUGCCAAGCGCUUGCGACGCCAGCGCUGUGGCAGGCUUCGUGGGCGCUGUGUUGUCGCAUACAGUGGGCAACUCUACCGGCGUGGAGGUUACCGAGAAAGAUUGCUAUACACGGAAGCCCAUGACGGUUACUAAACUGGACAUUGCAUUUAUAGGUAUACUGUUAUUCUUCGGCGCUGUUCUCAUAUUCACGACUUCCUACGAAGUCUACUCAAUGAAAUGGAGAAGAAAGAAAAGUAGCGUAGUCCACGAUCUCAUCGUCUCUUUCUCUCUUAUUAACAAUACCAAGAAGAUACUGUCGACAAAACAGAACAACAGCCUUGGGUUAGAGUGUGUCAAUGGCAUCAAGGCUUUAGCAAUGAUCUUCAUCAUCGCUGGCCACGCUUGCCUGUUUAUUGGGAGUGGACCUGUGAUGGACGCUGAAGCUUGGGAUCGGUUAAUUCGUAACCCGGCCAACGCUUUCAUGCUGAAUAAUGCUCUCCUCGUCGACACUUUCCUGUUCCUCAGCGCAUUUCUGUUCAGUCGACUGUUGCUCAUUGAGCUGGACAAGCGGAGGGGGCGGCUCAAUGUGCUGCCGAUACUGGUUUUCCGAUAUAUUAGAGUGACUCCGGCAUAUCUAAUAGUCAUACUGUUCUACAUGACUUGGUUACCAAAGAUAGGAGAAGGCCCACUAUGGGAAGGAAGAUUGCAAUUGGAACAAGAGAGAUGCUCGGAAGUGUGGUGGGCGAACAUACUGUAUAUCAAUAAUUAUUUUAGCCCAGAUAAAUUGUGUAUGUUCCAAUCGUGGUAUCUGGCGGUAGACACGCAGCUAUUCUUCGUGGCGCCGCUCUUUAUCUACAGCCUGUGGCACUGGAGGAGAUUUGGGCCCAUAUUUACGGCGGCGGCCACCUUCGUGUCCCUCGUCAUACCCUCUGUCAUCACGUUUAAAGAGCGCCUGGAUCCGACUUUGCUGUUUUAUGCUAAGGAAUUUGCAGAUUUUGCUACAAACAAUUAUUUUAUCGAGGCAUAUAUUAGAACUCAUAUGAAGAUGACGCCAUACUUUAUGGGAAUAUUGACUGGAUAUAUUCUUCAUAGGAUCCAAUUGGAAAAUUACGAAUUCUCCAGUAUCCUGAAGGUGUUCGGUUGGAUGACCAGCAUAGUCCUCGGAACAGUGACCACCUUCUCCGUCAGCCUGUUCUACCAGGAUUGGUAUCACUACAGCGCGAUCGAAGCAGCUGCUUACAUCUCUCUCCACAAGUUUGCCUGGAGUAUAGCCAAUGGGUGGCUUAUCGUGGCAUGCGCUACAGGGAACGGGGGAAUCCUUGGAAAACUUUUGAAUUGGAAGUUCUUAGUUCCGAUCGCAAGGCUAACGUUUUGCGCCUAUUUGGUCAACGGCAUUGUGGAGUUGUACUACGUGGGGCAGUUGAGGCAUCCUUUGCACAUCACAUUCUUUACUAUAGCAGCCAACGCUAUAUCUCACAUAGUCCUCACAUUCUUCCUCGCCUUGAUACUGUGUAUAAUAUUCGAAUCUCCUCUACAUGGGAUAGAGAAGAUUUUACUGCGUAUGUUUGCUCGACCAGUAUUGAGUGACAACGCGAAACGAGACGACUCCUGUGAGGCUUCGCGACAUACUAGUCAAAGUAAAUUGGAAACGUAGUUUAUAUUUCAAUUACUUUAGGGACUAAAAGAAUAAUGUCCAGUAAAUUCCGACCGAAGUUCAAAGUUCGACUAAACCUAAUCGUCGAAUAACCGAAUGUUAUACCGUUCCGCAAAGUUACGAUGAAAGCGAAGACACGCCAAUGCAUUUUAAAUAACGUUUAAAUUAUAUUACAUAAAUAAUAUUUUAAAACUUUCCUGUACAUAAAACCUAUGUACUGUACUAUAAUUAAAUUUAAUGAUAUGCUGUUGUGAUAGCUAUACAAAAUAUAUCGUAUUUCAUUUUUAAAAUGUAACUGGAUGCUAUCUCUUAUAAAAGUUUGUUAAACGAAAGCUAAAUGAUUUGACUUCUGAAUAAGCGUGCGCGGAUCGCGCUUGCCAUUCACAGUACUUUCUCAUUUAAGCAAAGAGUAUACAUCAAUGCUUUCACAGUUGUAUACAAGUAUUUUCCUGUUACAUAAUAAUUUCAUGGUCUUCAUUUAAGAGAUUUGUGGUUGGUUGAAGAUGUAAGAUGACUUGGUUUUAAGUUACGUCUAAAAUUGAUUUCGUUUGCUAUUUCCCGCAAAAAGUCAAUGAGGCGGCAAACCACUCUGAAAUUCUAAGAAUACUUACUAUAUACUUGCAGCUUUGGAGUGAAACAUAUUAUGUAGUUUUAUUUGUAAGGUCAGAUUGGUUUUGCCGCUUGGAUUUGGCGAAAAAUAGCAAAAUAAGUCUAAGCUUUGCUUUGGUUGAUCUUGUAAUAAUAUAUCUUUUGUUAAUAAGCUUUGGUUUACCACGAUGUUUGUAAAAAUAACUUAUAUCCAGAGUCGAAUAUACAACCAAAAUGUUGGGAGUCAACCAAAAAGUGAGUUACUAGACGAAUUCUACGGCUUUUGUGGAUUAACUUUAACUUAUACUAAAGUUUGCAAUGAACUUUGGUAUAGGUUAAAGUUAUGUGCUUCAAUGUAAGGUCAUUCAUGAUUAUACAGCUUCGGUUUUGAUCUGAAACUAAGAUUCGGCCGGGUAAUAAAUAUAUCUAUUAUCACGCCUUAACUAACAAUUGUAACUUAACCGAUGUACAUAUUAUAGUUAUUUUUGUUGCCUUGUUACGUAUGGCGUGUUGUUCUGUGGUAUUGGACUUUAAAUAACUAUUUAAUUAAUUAAAUUAAGCCAUGUAAAUAUUAGUUAAAUUUUAUUAGCUUUAUGGUAAGGGAAAUAAGGGCUCGUUAUAAAAAACGAUUAUUAAUUAUUUCCAAGUAAUUACUGUAAUUUUUAUAUUAAUUGAGUUUCAAAUUAAGAUAAAAAUUAUUUAACCAAAACUUGCAAAUAUAACAUAAAUCCCUGUAAAAAGAGAGACAGAAAAUUCUCAUUUAGUUUAGUUUAAUAGUAUUCAAGGCAAUAAGCGGUACCUAGAAUAACUUUUGUAGAGCAAAUCAUGAGAAAACAAUUUUUUUCAUAAAAGUUGUGUUUACUUUUAUUUAAUAUCCCUAAAUUGGAAAAUGAUGAUUUUUCUUUAACGUUCUCUACGUUAAUAUUUUUAUUAGAAUACUUGUGUUCCUUGAAAAUUAUAUCUAUCAAAAUCAAUAAUUAAUCAUUGAGCAAUAUUCGACAAAAUUAGUUAAGUAACUUUAGCGAAAAAACAAACAGACAUUUAACUUUUUUUUUACAUAUUCACGUUGAUUAAAAUGAGUAAUACGAGUGUUUUAUAAAAUUGUGUUUUCUUUUGGGAUAUUGUCAUAAUUACCAAAGUAUUAGUAAGCAGUAAUAAUUUCGUUUCAAUUUUAGGUAUUUUUCGUAUCAGGUAUGUAUCAAAGAAUGUAGAUGUAUUAUACAUAAGACUUUGAUAUUAGUAUCUAUUGACAUUAUUGUAAUUAUUAUUAAUAGUGUAUUGCUCAAUACGUAGAUGUAAAGAGAAUGUAAAAAUGAGAUUUUUACAGUUUUGAUAUUAAAACCUGUGUUUCAAAAUUAUAA